AUGGAGUACUUCAAAGAACAGAUUGGCAGACUGCGAGCGGCACCAAACGAUGAAGAAGCCAGUCGACGCGCCUCCGUGUAUACCGAACAAGAGCACAAUCAUUUGCCAGGUCCUCAAGACGGUCACUGCCCGGUCGACGAGUCAAGUGUGAAACUCAUGGAGUUCCUCAGCACCCACGGCUCAUUCAAGGCACCAAAGGGCUUCGACAGCAAUCAAAGACCAGUAGCAAGGACCCGUGGUAGACCGGCUCCCAACAGAGGCAUCUAUGCGACUGUGGUCGACAGCGAAAUCAAAUGCAGAAGGAAUUACAGAUUUUGUUCGAGACUCAUCAACAGUUGUCUUGGACUUCAGAUUAUCGUUGCUGCCGCCCUGACUGCUCUAGGAGCUGCAAAGUCCAGUGGAGCAACAGUGACAGUCUUUGGCGCCAUCAAUACUGUCAUCGCAGGAUUCCCGACAUACCUCAAGGGCUCAGGUCUUCCGAACCGGCUGAAGUACUUUCAGCAAGAAUGGUCCAAGGUGCGGGAGUACAUCGAACAGCGUGAGCGCGACUUUAGCAUCAUCACACCGACCAGCGUUAUGGACGAGGUCACGAUCAUCAGGCACACGUUCGAAGAAGUGCAAGCAGACGUUGAAGCAAACACGCCCAAUCGAUUCAUCAGCACUGGAAGCUUGAGUCGCAGACGGCCGACGGUCUCGCCAAUGCGUGCGAUUGCUGGAACUCAUCAAAGACAUGGUAGCUCAAGCAUGAGUGAAAAGGUCGGGCACAAGAUACAUACUCUUGAAGAGGGUCCUGGAAAGCCUGCUGGCCGGGUUGGCGCGGAAGCUCGUGAUUUUGGAUCACAGAUCACGACUGAGCUCGACCACAUGAAGAACAUGGUGCAGCAGAAGGUUCAAGAAGUCGCCCAUCUCGAGCAGCAAAUUGAAUCUCGCAGCAAACGAAUUGUCGAGACCACUGAACGAGCGAUUGGUAUCCAACUCCAAGAUCGACUGAAGGACGUAGGAAAGCUCGAACGAGAGGUUGGAUCGAAUAGCCACGAACCAGACGUGCGAUGGAAAAUAUAA